AUGAAGCAUCCCAUGUCCACCACCCUGGUCGAGUAUACAUCAACUCUGCUAGCGACAUUAUAUGUGUCCCUUAAGGUCAUGUUUCUUGGGGGAAUCAUACGAAAGGGAUGUAUCGCGUGGAAAUUAUGGUCUUCGAUACCUCUGUCACUGAGUUUAAGUCACGAGCUUCGACGAAUCGCAGUCCCGAAACGUGAAGUCGAUGGUCACGGACUCAUGUGGCUCCUCGCAUCCAAUCAAUCCAUCACCGAAGUGAUUCUAUACUCGGAGCCCGACGAACUUAAGAAGCUGGUGGCGGAACCAUGGAAGAGUGGCAAGAAGGCUUCGUUUGAGCUAGUCAAGACCUACGAACAUAUUGAUAAAUCGAAGACUAAAAAGCGAAACAAACAAAGAAAAGGGGAGAGCCUGCUUGAGGACUAUCCCCUAAGCUGCCGUUAA